AUGGAUUUGAAUCAUUGGAAAUCUAAACUAGUAGGGAAAGUUUUCCUGGACGACAACGCUGUUAAGCCCGACCAUGUCUCUGACACUGAGUGUGUACGAAAGCGUGACUUGCCUGAGAAACACAGGGUAGUGCGUGAAGGUUAUAUGUAUACUGCAGACUUUGACGAAAACAGAUUGCAAGUUCAUGUAGAUAACAAUAAUACUAUCCAUAAAGUGACUGCUGGUUAA